UAUAAAAUCAUCGUAUCGAUUACUAAUAAAUGAAAAUAAACAUUUUCAGUGAGAAACAAAAUAAAGUUAUCUUUUGGUCAAUAUAUUUCGCAAUAUUUUGAAUAUAUUACAAAAUGGCGACUGACAGCCUUCAAUUUGAAGAAAGUGCUCUCGUUUGUAGUCUGUGUUUGGAUUUUUGGGUUGAAAAUGAUCCGAGGGUUUUACCAUGUCAACAUACGUUUUGUUUUCAAUGUUUAAAAAUGUCUCCAAGCAAUAUUUUAACCACUUGUCCAGUUUGCCGUACGAAAGUAAACAUUAGGAAGGAAAAUAUUAGUAAUCUACCUAAAAAUAUAUUAGCCAAUUCGCUAAAAGAAUCAUCAAGGAUGAGAUUAAAGAAUACAACAGUUUGUAAAGAGCACAAUCAAGUCUUAUGCAAACCGAAGCUUGUUUGUAAAACUUGUAAGGAAUAUAAUAUUUGCGAAGAAUGUCUCAAUGAUUCUCAUAAAAAUUGUCAAAUUCGCCUAUUCGAACAUUUAAAUAGAGAGACGAGACUAUUAAAGAAAAGAUGGGAGCCUGUAUUAAAUAGAAUAGAAUGUAAUUUAAGAAAAAAUGCAAAGAAUUUCAAAAUGGAAUUGAAUGAAAUUGAAAUGAAAUUUCGAAAAAAUUUCAUAAAAAUCAGAAAUGAAUUAGAACGAAAAGAAGAAACAGAAUUAAAUAAAAUAAAAUUAAUGAGAAAUAGGCUUAAAGGUGAAUUUUAUAGAAUGAAAGAUUUAGAGAGAGAGAUAGAGAAUUUUAAAAAUGACUCUAAAUUUUCAUAUACAAUUCCAAAUGUUGAAAUUGAAUUAAAUCUAUCAGAAAAUUGCGCUAAUACUAGACAAAAUAAAGUAUUAGUCAAGAUCCAAGAAUUCCAUAAUUUGGAUUGCGAUAUAUCUUUUACAGAUAUUGGUAUUAUUAAAUUAUAUUCAAAUCAAAACAAUCAACAAUACUUUCGUAUUGAAUUUGAAAAUUCUGAAGUAAAGGAAAUACCUGUUAAUCAUACUAUCAACACGUUUGCAGCUAAUAAAAAUUUUAUCUAUACUUCUAGAGUUCAUCCUUAUAUAAGUUUGACAAAAUGUUCUAUAAAUUCAAUGGCAGAUGGAUAUCAUUUUGAAAUUAUUGAUAAUUUCUACGAAUUGGUUGGUAGGAACAUCGGAUUUAUUGCGUCAGAUAACGAUUACGAUUCAUUUUUAUAUAUCUUUGCAAAAUUUGGAGAUCUUUACUUUAAACUUUAUAAAAAUGGUGAAAAGAUUUGGUAUCAAAGGUUUAAAAUGAAUCUUGUUGAUUGUUGUUUCCUUAAUAAUGGUAAUAUACUAUUGGCCGGCGAAGAUUAUUUACAAGUAUUACAUAAAGACAAUGGUGAAAAGAUCUUUGAAAAGAAUACGCAACCAAAAAUUCAAUCUAUAACAUCAGUGCCAAACAACGGAUUCAUGUUAACAAGAUACCAAGAACAACUUAUCUAUAUCUAUAAUGAUUGUUUUCAUUUAAGUAAGACAAUUGAAAUUGAUUUUUUCCCAUCCAAAAUUCAAAUGACAAACUCAUUCAAACUUUUAAUUCAAAAUUUAGAUUGUCCAUUAACAGCUGUAUUAUACAAAUAUAUAUAG